AUGAGCUUUACAAAAUGGAACUUUUUCAUGACCAUCUUUGGAGUACUCUCCUUCUUAUUUGACAUUGGAAUAGAUUUGUGGAUUACAUUCAAAUACUUCCAGCAAGAGCUCCCUUUAUUUGGCCUGCUGACCAUAUUCUUUGUUCUUGUGUCUACUCUGAUAAUACAAGCCUUUAGUUACUCAUGGUUUAAAGAUGACUGUCAUAAAGACAGUUUUUGGAAACUAAAAGGGAUUUUGUUCCUUCACCUCUUCCUUCUUGGAACAUUUGUUAGUUUCUAUUGUACUUCCAGAUUUAUGUAUGUUAUAAAAUAUGGAUUCCAAGUCAAUUAUGACCCUCAAAAAAAGAAUUGUACGGAGACCAAGAAGAGAGCAGUGGACGCUAUGACGGACUUGAGUAUGUUAAAGUGCUUUAAAACAUAUCUGGAAAGCGCACCACAGCUUAUUCUACAGAUCUACAUCCUGAUGGAGCACGGGCAGAUCACUAUAUUUCAAUAUGCAUCCAUCUUGGUAUCUAUUACUAGUAUCUCAUGGUCCACUGUUGAUUAUCAAAUGUCCCUACGAAAAUCUUUGCCAGGGAAGAAGGGGAUCAGUGUCGGAGCUCCUAUGUUCUCCUAUGUAUUUUAUAAAUUGCUCACUUUGACUUCUUGGAUUGUAAGCAUUGUGUUUCUCCUAAACUGUAGUGUUUACCUCUUCACAGUUCUCAUGGUUGUACUGGGCCUUGGUGGCUUUUUCUGGGCUUGGAAGGAACAAACAGAUUUCUGCAGAACUCAAAGGAUGGAAUUUUUGUACAGGGCUCUAGUAGGAAUUAUUUUGGUUUUUACCUUUUUCAAUAUAAAAGGAUCAAGGACUUUGGUUCCUAUGACUAUUUAUUAUGUUGUUCGGACCCUUGCCACGACUGGAAUUCUUGUCUUGUGCUUCUACCUCAGGCCUGUCUUUUCGAACACUUUAGUAUUUGAAAUACUUAGCAUUGCUGUAGUUGUUGCCCUGGGUUUGGGUAUUAUUUCUCUGAUUUUGUACUAUGCAUGUUUCCACCCUAGCCUUCGACUUUUGGGUCAGAAAAUGGAGGAUACAGUAGAUGAUCCUACUUGCACAAUAAGGAACCAAAGACUAAAACAAUUCAUCAUGCCUUGA